GAUUCAUAUCAAUUCUCCAUCUCCGAUGUAAACAUCAUGAACAAGAUUAUGACAGAUUCUGUUUACGCAUAAGAGAAGAACACUCUCAGAUUAAUCGAUAGAUUUUACUGUUCAAUCAGAGGAUAUAUAUAUAAGUGUUUAAGCUCAAAAGACCAUCAUGAUGAACACUCUCAAGCAACUAAAAUCUGCAUCCAGAUAUGGAUUAAUGUCUGCUUCUUUGAGAUGUCGCCGAGGUCUUGCUUCAAUUCAUUCCCCUGAACAGGAAGUGGUUAUCGCGUUAGGAAGCAAUGUGGGCGAUAGACUUCAUAACUUCAACGAAGCAUUGGAGAUGAUUAAGAAAUCAGGUAUAAGUAUCACUAGACAUGGAUGUUUAUACGAGACGGAGCCUGCUUACGUGACCGAUCAACCUCAAUUUCUCAAUUCAGCCGUUCGUGGUUUCACCAAUCUGGGUCCUCACGAACUAUUAGGAGUUCUUAAAAAGAUUGAGAAAGAUUUGGGUCGCACAAAAGGGAUAAGGUAUGGUCCUAGACCAAUUGAUUUAGAUAUAUUGUUCUAUGGUAAAUUCAAGAUUAACUCUGAGAAUCUAGUGGUUCCUCAUGAACGUAUUUGGGAGAGACCGUUUGUAAUGGCGCCUUUAGUAGAUGUUUUAGGAUCUUUAAUUGAAAAUGAUACAGUUGCUUGCUGGCAUUCUAUGUCAGCUCAUCCUGAUGGAAUUUUCGAAUGUUGGAAGAAACUCGGCGGCGAAUCUCUAAUUGGGAAAGACGGAAUGAAAAGGGUUAUGCCGAUUGGAAAACGAUUAUGGGAUUGGUCUAACAAAACCCAUGUAAUGGGUGUUCUUAAUCUAACACCAGAUAGUUUCAGCGAUGGUGGAAAGUUUCAAACUGUCCAGGCUGCAGUUUCUCAAGCACGUUCAAUGAUUUCGCAAGGAGCGGACAUUAUCGAUCUUGGCGCUCAAUCCACACGGCCAAUGGCGAUAAGAAUCUCCCCACAAGAAGAAUUGGAUCGGUUAAUCCCAAUUCUAGAAGCCAUACUGAAAAUGCCUGAAAUCGAUAACAAGUUCAUAUCGAUUGAUACGUUUUAUUCAGAGGUUGCUCGCGAGGCGGUUAUCAAAGGGGCGCAUAUAGUGAACGACGUAUCUGGUGGACGGCUGGAUUCGAAAAUGGUGAGUGUUAUUGCUGAUCUUCAAGCUCCUUAUAUAGCAAUGCACAUGAGAGGUGAACCGACAACAAUGCAAUCAUUGGAAAACCUUAAAUACGAUAAUGUUUGUUCGGAGGUUGGUUUGGAGUUAUACGAUCGUAUACGAGAGGCGGAGAUAUCGGGUGUUAGGUCGUGGAAUGUUAUGAUUGAUCCAGGGAUUGGUUUCUCGAAAGAUAGUGAACAGAAUUUGGAUAUUCUAAAUGGGCUAUCGGAGAUUCGGGAGAGUAUUGGGAGGAAGAGUUUGGCGGUUUCACAUGCUCCUUUGGUAAUAGGACCGUCGAGAAAGAGAUUCUUGGGGGAUAUAUGUAAGCGGAUGUGUGCAGUUGAGAGAGAUCCGGCGACUGUUGCUGCUGUGACUUGUGGAGUUCUUGGAGGUGCGAAUAUUGUAAGAGUUCAUAAUGUUGGAGAUAAUGUUGAUGCUGUGAAACUCUGUGAUGCCAUGAUGAUCAGAAGGAGAUUAUCAUCUCGACAGGGUUAAAUUGUGUUAUCAGGUUCUUUCUUCUCUUCAAUCUGUUUGUUGUGUUUUCAAGCUCUUUCUUCCAUGGAUAAUGGGGGAUAAAGUUGCUGCAUUUGUAAUGCAUAUUCACACCAUUUUCUUUCUUCAAUUGCUUCAACUAUUUAAAUCUUUUCAUGA